GUUUAAGAAGGCACAGUACUUACCAGAGUUGUGUUCCAUAUGCAAGUGAUGUAUGCAUUUGGAGAGGACUUUUUAAUGAUAGUUAUGUCAACUGUCACAUGAAUUGUUUUGAUGAAGGCAGUUGCUUUAAAUCUCAAGGAGGCACGAGAAUAUCAGAUGUAGGCACAAGAGUAACGAUAGGAGCCGUAACAUCGAUACUGGUGGCAUUCAUACUAUUCCUUACUUGUCUGUGGCUCUUGAGACGAGGCAAGAAACUUUGUUGGUCAAGUGCAUGCAGCAGUGGGUCCCGUCCAACACCUCCCAUUUCAAGAGUUGAGAUGCACUCAGAUUUGCAGGAUGAAGAAAUGAGGACUUAUCCUACACCAUCAGCACCACCAGAACCACAAGAAAGUGCCUCAGUUACCAUUGCUCAAGAUAAAGACUUGCCCCCUUCUUAUGAGUCUCUCUUUCCAGAAAGAUAAGUGACACAAUAACCAUAGUUUAAUACUGAAAACUUUGAAGAACCAAGCUCUUAUGUUUUAUAUAUGUAUAAGUGGUUUAGCCAAAUGAUAAUUAAUGUCAUGUCUAAAGGCAGACACAUAAACUUCACCCCUUGAAGCCUCUAUUUCUGAGCACACUGUAGAUUCAAAGAACUACAUUUAAGAUGGAUGCCACAAUUCUCAAAGCAUGUAAACUGCUGGUGCAAAAGGAUUAUAAUUGUUGAAGAGUUCUCUCUGCUGGGAUGUAAGCUGUUUAGUUCAUUGAAAAUUAACCAAUGUUUAAGAGGAACAUAUUGCCUCCAUUUUCAGGGUCAGAGAAUAAACCAAGCAAAAAACCAGCAUGAAAACAGAUGGCAACAUGUUGUUCUGAAAGGUUGGUUGGCUUUCAGCAGACUAUAUGGCAUUGUACUUGCAUCCCAGAGGACAGAACUCUUCAUAACCACUGCUGUGAGAACUUCAAAUCCUAUUAGAAUUAUUAUUUUAUGGUAAAUAUGUAUUUUGUUCAUGAUUUCUAUAGGCACCCAGGCUUUGAUUGCUGGUUAUAUUUAUGUAAUAUAUUCUUGACUAUGCUGUCAGUUUUGAUCUGAAAUCAAAGCUGAGUCUGUCUUGAUGUUUAUUGUAGCACCUUGCCAUCACAGUGAACUGUGCAUGACAGUAGGCUUCAAGGUGUUUACACUUGAGGGUGCUUAGGAAUUACAAACGGAAUAUCACCAUCCUGUUAAAUUGAUGUAUCCCUCUUCACAUUCAUUCCUAUCUUUAAUGCAACUCUAUUCACAAUCUCUUCUUAAUUUAAAAUAACAUUAAAAUAUGAACAGAAUUGCAUUAAAGAUGGAAAUUAAUGUGCAGAAUGAUUACAGUAGUUGAAAUGUCUAACAGAACCAUCUCACUGUCACUGCCCUGUUAUGUUUUGGCAGUCUUCUGUAUAUGUCAGCACCACAUUUCAUACACUAUAACCGGCUUUGACAUCCCUCAUUUGCAAACCCAUUUUGUGUCUGAGCUUUCCCAAACGCUGGCCAAAUCCUCUCUAAUGGACGAAUUUUUUUGUUCCAGGAACACACGAGGGAACUAUUUUGAUGUUUUUAAUAGAAAAUAUUAAUAAGUGAAUAUUUUUUCUAAAAUUCCCAAUUUUUUGGACAACCUUUUUCAAUAUUGAAAUUUUUCUGACCUCACAUUUCUGAUUAUAUAUGUUUCUUAUAACUAUGUGGUCUCGCGUGUACAAAUGUUUUAUUUUGUUUGAUAUGCCUUACAUGUACAUCAUUUCAAGUUAUGUUGCAUUAUUUUUGGUUCUGAAGACGACUGUAUGUCACUUAAAUGCCUGACAGACAAUAAACAACUCUUGUAGCAAA